CUGGUAUUAGCCGCAUGGGAAAGUGGGAUCAUAAACUCAACCACAAAAGAUUUUUUAAUCACCGACUAUCCCCGUACACCUGUUCUCUAUCUACUCCCAAAAAUUCACAAGACACUGACUGACCCACCAGGGCGCCCUAUUAUAUCGGGUAUAGGUUCCAUUUUGGAACCUCUUUCAAAAUUUGUAGAUCGGUAUCUGCAGCCCUUAGUACAAAAUAUACCUACAUGUCUAACUGACACGACUGACCUACUCAGACAAUUACAAGAUCUGACCCUAACUAGCCCGGACGUAAGCCUUUGCAGUAUAGACAUACAAAGUCCAUAUACUGCCAUACCCCAAAACGAGGGAAUUGCCUAUGUUGAAGAAACCUUACUGGAGACGAAUAUCCAACAUCACCUUAUCUAUUUCCUUAUAGAUUGUCUGACUUUAGUUCUGCAUAGGAACUACUUUAAGUUCAAUGACAAGUACUACUGGCAACGCCAGGGUACGUCGAUGGGUGCGUCGGUGGCCCCUUCGUUUGCCAACAUUUUUGUUCACCAUCUUGAACAAAAAAUUUUUUUGCAGGGUAAGUUCAAGGGGCACAUUUUGAAAUAUUGGCGGUAUGUGGAUGACAUACUCAUUAUUUGGCAAGGUACCGAAGAUACCUUCAAAAAUCUGCUUAUUGAAGCCAAUUCUUACCAUCCGACGAUAAAAUUCACUGGGGAAUGGUCGAAUACAUCACUUAACUUUUUGGAUGUAAAAUUAGGUAUCUGUGGUAAUAGCAUCAUAACUGAGAUGUAUUCUAAACCCACAGACCGUAACACACUUUUACUCUCUUCUAGCUACCAUAACCCCCAUACCAUGAAUGCCAUACCAAAAAGCCAAUAUUUACGUGCACGCCGCAUUGCAUCGACUGAUACACAAUACAAAUCAGCGGCUAAUUUGCUUACAAAAAAAUUCUCACAACGAGGAUAUUAUACACCAAAACUUCAAGCAAUAGAGACUCUAGUAAGCAAACAGGACAGACAAGAACUCUUAAAAAGGAAAGAAAAAAAUAGAUCUAAUCAAAUUCAGAGAAUUCCCUUUGUGUCUAAAUUUGGUAGACAAAGCAAAAAAAUUGAACAAAUCGUUAGACAGUAUUGGCCGAUCUUACAACAAGAUACGACAUAUGGCUCACUGUUUAAACAACCUCCGCUCUUUAGCUAUACUAGAGGACGUAGCCUUAGAGACUGUCUCUGUCCCUCUGAUGUUACCCAGAAACAAUCAAACACAAUGUUCUGGGGACCACCUAAAAAAGGCACUUAUGCCUGCCUGAAUUGCAUAUGCUGCAGUUCUAUUAUAAAAGGGGACACAGUAAAUCAUCCGACAAAAGGGAAUAUCAUUCGGCUAAAGGAUUUUUGUACUUGCGAGACCAAAAAUGUGAUCUACAUGCUAAAAUGCCCUUGUGGGUUAGCCUAUGUGGGCCAAACGAGUAGGUCUGUGAAAGAACGUAUAAAAGAACACAGAGGCAAUAUUAGGAAUUAUAAAGUUGGCACACAGUCAGAUACCCCUGUAUCUAGACACUUUACAUCCCACGGACACAGUCUCAUACAAUUAAAAUGGUUGGUGCUCGAACAGGUAAAAAGACCUAAAAGAGGGGGCAACCUCUCUAAAUUGCUUCUGCAGCGUGAAGCACUUUGGAUAAAAAAGUUAAAUACUAUGACACCUAUGGGCCUGAAUGAUUAUUGGAGCUUAUCUCCAUUUCUGUAUUAACUGCCAUUUGUAUAUUUCUCUCAUUCCAGAUUUUGAGAAAAACCUACAUUUCUACUGUGGGUUCACGUUGAGAUUCUUAUCUUGGACUUUUAGAACACAGUCGACACUUUUCACCGCUUGCACAUACAUAUUGCCACCUUAACAUGUAUUACAUGUUUUUAUAUUUAUAUUUAUAUUUAUUGUUAAACCUCUAUGAUGGGUGGGGGCGGGGUGACACACCCCCAGGUGUGGUUAUAUAAUGUUGUACUUUGCACUGGCACUUCACACUUGAAAAAGGGCCUGUGAGGCCCGAAACAUGUUGUGUGGACUAUAAUAAAAUUGCACUUUAGCAGUUAUUCUGCAAGUUUGUUCCUCUGUUCUCCGCUUUCGAUUGUUUACAAGAUUUGAGGUGUGUGGACGGAGCACCUGUGAGACAGCGGGACUGGCCACAUUGCUGCUUUCCACGUGUAUUAAAGACAAAGUGAAGGACACAUUGGCAAAAUGCUAUGAUCCUCUCCUGACUGAUCUCCAUCAGCUGAAUUUAUCCUACAGAGUGGGUGGCCAAAUCAUGCAAAGAUCCACUCAUAUGGGUACCGUGCUAGCUGCUGCCCAAUAUUCCAGGUGUCAGUUUCACUUAAGUACAGACAUAUAUCUUUUCUUAUUAUACAUUUUGAUGUGGUUUUGGUUGAGAGGGUGUAUAGUAAAUUUGGAAAGAUACUUAAGGAGAUUGAUUGCUGAGGUCAAAAGUGAUUUGCAUCAGUGGAGAGGAAUUAUAAAUGUUUAGCCACAUGUUAAGGUUGAGAUAGCAAAAGAAUAUUAAUAAGCCUAUAAUAAGCAACUGGGGCCAGAUAUCACUGAAUAAGAAAAACAUAUCUCCUAAUUCAGUUUCAGAUUUAAAACUGCCAUAUUGAACAGCCCAGAUUGGUGUGACAAACCAUAAAAAAAGUUCUCAUUCAGCUGGAUAAAGAUUUCCAUAUGAGUAUACGAGUAUGAUGAGGGAGGAAUGUAUGUCAAACAACUGACUCUUGAGAAAUUGCAAGAGCGUUUGAGGGUUAAGGGAAAAGAAGCUGUUUUUUGUACAUUAAUGUAACCCUUUGUUAAUGUUAAUGUAACUCUUUGUUGCAAUUUUGACUUGCGCACUUCCCGUUUUAACAUAAAAUGGACUGAUGAGCUGUUCCCAAAGCAACAUAGAUGCUUAGGUGGUUUAACAAAUAGGAAUAUUCCUUGGAUUUUACCAACACAAGUUGUUAGAUACUUAAGUUACAUGUUCUCUAAAGUACAGAUCAGAUCAAAACUGCAUAGCUAGCAGAAACAUCUGUAAACAACUCAUUUGUGUAGUUUAAAGAGUCUGGCAUGAUGAGUAGGGGCACGUUGUU